AUGCCGAGGGAAAUGGAAGCACUUUCCUGCCCAUUGCCUCCGAUGGGCCUUCGUCGAUCUUUCCGACCAAUGAGGAGCGGCGUUGUGGUUGCUAGGCGGAAGUUGAAUGUGAGUAAUUCGGUUGCUACGGGGAACUUCAUGGAGAUUUCCUGUCGGAGGACGCUUCGGUUGUGCGCGGCGGCUGGGCAAGCCGAGAAAGAAGCCGGGCGCCUUCGUGAGGCGCAUCGGAGGAAGCGAUGGGUGACGGCAUUUGAGGCAUGUGAUGAAGGCAACAAAGGAUAUUUAAACAGAGAGGACUACAAGGUUGCUGUAGUGAUGCUGUUUGGCUAUAAGCCCUCAAAGAUGGAAGUAGAUUCUGUCAUGGCUUCUGUGCAGCAAAGCCAAUCAGGUAUAUCUCUUGACAAGUUUCUCAGUCUUAUGAGCACAAAGAAGACUGCACAGUUGUACCAUAGCGAAGCUAGACAUCUCUUCACUGCUUUUGACAUGCAAUGUAAAGGAUUUUUGUCUUUGGAAGAUUUCAAAACAGCCUUUAAAACUGUUGCACCAAAGUUACCGGAGAGGACUGUAGUUGAAGCUUUCAGGGAAGUUGAUCAGGAUUCUGAUGGCCAUAUUAGCUUCAAAGAGUUUGAAUCAGCAAUGAAUUAUGGACAAGAUGAUUUGUCAGUAUUUCUGUUCAGCUGAAGUGCAUUUUUCUCAGGAAAAAAGCACAAUAAGAUCUCCACAUCUAAGAUAUUCUAACAUCUACAAAGCGUUUUCCUUCAGAAAAGUUUUUAAAGUUCAUCUAUGAAGCAGUUGGAAAGAAGUUGUUUCAAAACCUUCCUGUUGUGUGAUAUUCCAUAAAAAUACUGUUUCCUAACCAUUGUGUGUUUUAAAUCAGUCCGGUUUGUAGACUUCAGUAUGUAUUUUUUCUGUUUUAAUAAAAAAUUAUUUAAAGUU